UGAGGGCAGCCUGCCACCGCUUGCAGGACUGAAGAGGGCGCGCUGCAAAGACCGGCAGCCGACCGUGGAGAGCCCGGGAGUGGAGUUGGACAAUCCUCGGAGAGAAGAAAUGAGGUAGCGGCGAUCCCCGAAGCCGACCAUGCGUGCGCCCCGACCUUGGAGCCCAAUGCUGCGGUGGUGGAGCUGGUCUGGACAGUGAGCUGGCGGAGCGUGAGUCCCCGGCAUCCCGCUGGAGCGAAGAUGCAGUGAGCCACCGCGGGACUGCUGCGCGGGGCCCGCCGCGGCCAGCCGGACCUAUCAUCUAACCACACUUUGGGCUCGCUACUGAUUCCAGGACUUGCUCAGCUGAGGGGUUCUCGGUCUCCAGCACCCCUAGUAGGUGGGGAGCCCUGGACCCUGGGCAAACUGCUGAAGAGUUUCCGCGGCUUCUGGCCCCAGGCCCGGGGUUUGUGUGUGUGUGGCAGGGGGCCCUGUUCACGUUGGCCGGAGUUCCUGCAGAUCCCCGCACCACCCCGUUGCUUUUGCCGAGGCUCCCUCUAUUUAUUUGUAUGCGCGCAUCUCGCUUUUCUUCUGACAUUUUCCGCUCCACUCUCCUUCCCUUUUCUCUCGUUGUGUUGCUUGCCUGAGACUUUUUGCCCUCGUCCUUGACCAGGCUGGGGUAAUUCUCUGUGUGUGCGCCUCCACCCCUUACAAACUCGAAGCUGAAUAUUUUCCUUUAACAAUUCUUCCCCACCCCCUGCGGGGAUCCCAAGCACUAUCCGUUCUUCCCUGCCCCCCCUCUUCCUACCACUGGCCGGCUCCCAGCAGUUUUAUCUUUCGGUCUUGCCCGGGCCAAGCCCGGCCGGGGCUGGUGGCUCAGCUGGGUUCAGACCCGGGGCUCGGCCGCCGCCGCCCAGCUGCGCCCGGGUGCCCUCCAGAGAUGCUGCCCUGGAAGAAGCACAAGUUCGAGCUGCUGGCCGAAGCGCCGCCGCGGCAGACGUCCAAACCCAAAGGCUACGCUGUGAGCCUGCACUACUCAGCGCUCAGCUCGCUAGCGAGAGCGUGCCCCGAAGGCGCGCUCAGUCGGGUGGGAAGCAUGUUCCGCUCCAAGCGCAAGAAGCUGCACAUUACCAGCGAGGACCCCACAUACACCGUGCUCUACCUGGGCAAUGCCACCACCAUUCAGGCGCGCGGCGACGGCUGCACCGACCUAGCCGUGGGUAAGAUCUGGAGUAAAAGCGAGGCGGGCCGUCAGGGUACCAAGAUGAAGCUCACGGUGAGUGCGCAAGGUAUCCGUAUGGUGCACGCUGAAGAGCGCGCGCUGCGCCGCCCGGGCCACCUCUACCUGCUGCACCGCGUCACCUACUGCGUGGCAGACGCGCGGCUACCCAAGGUCUUCGCCUGGGUGUACCGGCAUGAGCUGAAGCACAAGGCGGUAAUGCUGCGCUGCCAUGCCGUUCUGGUGUCUAAGCCGGAGAAGGCGCAGGCCAUGGCCCUGCUGCUCUACCAGACUUCGGCCAACGCUUUGGCGGAAUUUAAACGCCUCAAGCGGCGGGACGACGCGCGUCACCAGCAGCAGGAGCUGGUGGGUGCGCACACUAUCCCGCUAGUGCCCCUGCGCAAACUGCUCCUGCACGGAUCUUGCUGCUAUAAGCCGCCGGUGGAGCGGAGCCGCAGCGCGCCCAAGCUCGGCUCCAUCACCGAGGACCUGCUGGGCGAACAGCAGGAGCAGGAGCUACAGGAGGAAGAGGAAGAGGAGCACCCCGAGGGCUGCCUGGAGGAAGAGGAGGAGGAGGAGGAGGAGGAGAAUCGUGUGGGGGUGGAGGGCCCAGCAGAAGAGGAGACCGAGGCACAGAGGGCACUGGUGGUGGCCAUGCACUUCGAAUGUGGGGACUUGCUAGACACCAUGGAGAAUGGGCACGAGGAGAUGCUGGGGGGCGGCGUCGUCUCGCUGGGCCCUGGGCUGGGGACUCCACCUCCGCUGUCGUGCAGCGCCUCAGACGUGAAGGCUCAGCUGUCGCAGCUUAUUAACGACCUGGGAGAGCUCAGUUUCGGCAACGAUGUGCGCACCCUGCAGGCAGACUUGAGGGUGACGCGCCUGCUGUCGGGCGAGAGCACUGGCAGUGAGAGCUCCCUCGAGGGCGGAGGCCCGGACGCAACCUCCACCACUGCUGGGAACAAGUCUGGUUCCGCAGACAGCUCCAGCCCGGACGAGCCCCACUCGGGUUGAGCUCCCAGCAGACUCCUCGGUGCUCCCCUGGCACCCCACAGUGGCUCCCCAACCGUCGUUCUAGCAAUCUCCCUAUUCCCGCCUGCAUCCAAGGGAAAUCGGGCACGUGGGGCCCUGGUCCUGGGUUCCCUAUGGUCCUCCCCAUCCACCCCGCGCCCUAACACUUUUUGCUCUUUUGGAGGCGGCUCUGGUUGCGAGUGGGGAUGUGGGAGAUGUGAAAGAGAAAACCCUACGGAGGAGAAAGGGGUAGUCUUCUUGGUGGUGGUGAAGAGAAGGGCCCCUGAAGUUCAAAUAGUCCAGGAGGGCAGUGUGAGGUGCUGUCCGCCAGUUUCCUGUUUGCUAAGCAGCUGGGGCCUGAGGAGGAGGGGUUAACUUCCUCCCUCAACCCCUCACUGGGCGAGGCCUUGCCCUGUCAUUGAGAUAUCAUUAAAAAAAAAAAAAAAAAAAAAAAUCUCUCUCACAAUGUUUAAGGUUUAAAUACCACUCUUUUGCACCCAGUUCUUUUUGGUGAGAGAGCUUGGGCUGUUUACCUCAGACUCAGACUCUUGAAAUUCUGCCAAAUUCCUCAAAUAACUAUUGGGGGGGGGGGUGUUAUGAAAGAAAGCGGCAUUUUGUUUACAGUUAAAGACAUCUAAUAUCUAAAAAAAGAGUUCUCCUUUAGAGUCACAUACACCUUCCUCCUGGCCCAAAUAUCUCACUCCAUGAUGCUGUGUAAAAUAUUUUUGCACUGUUGUGAAGUAUUUUUGACAUUUUUUGUACAUAACUGUGUUCUCAGAGCUGAAUGUUUAUAACUUUUGCUGUGCAAAAGAAACAUGUAAAAUGUUGUUCAGUUGUAUAUAUGGAAAUGUGUAUAAAACAUUUUGUUAUUUUUUGAGUA